AUGGCGGACGGUACGAAUAACGAUGCCGAUUUCGCUGAGCAAGAUAGGAGUGAAAAGAACAAGGAGGAAAACAAGAAACUAAGGGCUGCGAUUGAACAAUUCGACAGAGAUCAAGAAGCCUUCAAUGAGUCGUCAAGUGAGUUCGAUGACGAUCGCAAAAAUGUGGAUGAUCUUGAGGCUGAAGAAACCAAGAAGACAAUGACCGGAAUGUUGAACGAAAGCGAUGAUAAUCUAUUUCAAUCGUCAUUCGACGAUGUUAGUGUUCUUGAUCUUGAAAAUUCUGAGAAUGCUGCAGAUUAUGUGAAAGAGGAUUUGAAGAAAAAGUCUCUUCAAGAAAAUCAAGGAACAAUCACUAAAGCUGAGUUCAAAGAUCAAGAGUGCAGUGACAGAGUUGAAGCUGAAAUUCCCGCCAAAAUUUCUGAACUCAGUCCUCUUGUUCAAGGAAUAGACCAGAAAAUGUCUAACUCCAAGAGAUUAUCGAGAGAACUUGAAGAAAAACAGGAGGAGCUGAAGAAAAUUUUGGGACUGACCGGGGAUACUGAAAAAGAAGAUUCUCAAAGAAAAAUUGCUGUACUGGAAGAAGAGUUGUACAAAUUAACGAUAGAACUUGAAUCGGAUGGAGAAUCUGUGAACUUGGACCUGAAUUACCUGAGUGAGGUUCAGACUCGGGUCGAUGGCAUAACGGAAGAGGUUGUAACAAAGUGUCUGCAUCAACUGGAGGUUCUUGCUCUUGCGGAGGACAGUAUCAAUGAUCUACUGAAAGGACCAGCUCAUCAGGAACUGAGAGACGAAAUUAAGUCAGAUAUGGAAAGCACAACGCAGAACACCAAAGCAAAAAUGGAAUCAAGACUGAAUAAUCAGAUUGGGGGCGGAGCAGAGGAUUCGAAGAAGACGACUGAGGAAGUGAUUUGA